AUGAAAAAAGACUGCGCAUGCACCAUUUCUUUGCCCAAGGAAGAUAUCAGUAGCAGCAGUGAGGAGGAUUGUGAAAAACCAGAAGAUGCCCCCUGUACAAGAAAAACCAGCCAAGAUUAUGAUCAUUAUUUGCAAUAUGUAGAAGGCAAAGGAUGGAUCGAACAGUCUUGUCCUAAAGGAACUCUUUACAAUGAAAAAGACUGCGCAUGCACCAUUUCUUUGCCCAAGGAAGAUAUCAGUAGCAGCAGUGAGGAGGAUUGUGAAAAACCAGAAGAUGCCCCCUGUACAAGAAAAACCAGCCAAGAUUAUGAUCAUUAUUUGCAAUAUGUAGAAGGCAAAGGAUGGAUCGAACAGUCUUGUCCUAAAGGAACUCUUUACAAUGAACAAGACUGCGCAUGCACCAUUUCUUUGCCCAAGGAAGAUAUCAGCAGUAGCAGUGAGGAAAAUGAAGACUGCGAACCUCUGGAACCAGUACCAUGCACAAGUAAAUCAGAUAGUGACAGAAAGUUUUAUCUCCAAUUCAUUGAAGGCAAAGGUUAUGUUAGACGGGCUUGCGCCAAGGGCACCGCUUACAACGACGAAGACUGCAGCUGUUCCAUUUCCCUUCCCAGCGAAGAUAUUAGCAGCAGCAGCAGUAGCAGUAGCAGCAGCAGCAGUAGCAGCAGCAGCAGCGAGGAGAACUCUGAAGAUGCCGCGCAACAACCUUGCACACUUAAAGCGGCUGAUGACCAAACGUCUUUUCGCAAAUAUGAGAAAGGCUAUGGUUGGACAGUGAGGAGCUGUCCUACUGGGACCGCCUUCAGCUCAGAAGACUGCGGAUGCACCGUUAUCCUAUCUGUUGCGCAGAAACAUGACCCUAGUUUGUCGUAUGGUAUUUAUUAG